UUUUACCUUGCCCUAGCUACAUACCUUAGGUACAUACAGCCAACUCAUCUUUUUUUUUUGUUUUCAUCUUUUUCCUCUUUACUGGUAUAUACUAAUUCACAGAAACUACCUAACCUAAUAUACGCCGCUAGACGAUUAGUUCCUCUUUGAUCGUCUUUAAAUAAAGGAAGGGGACGUCCGUCCCGUCCCGUCUGCUUCGAAGCGUUUUGAUACCUUUUGUAUCUUUUGUACCUGGCAUCCGAAGUGGCAGCAGUUACCUAGUCCACCACUACAGAAAAGAGAAUUAAUUGAUUUGAGUUUCUUCGACUUAACAUCGAAUCGAAUAACGGCAUUGUCGAUCAGGUCAAGAUGGUGUACGUGCGCCAGGAAUUCCUGCCGAAUCUAAAGGCGUACAAGUACUCGGGCGUGGACCACUCGUUGACGUCCAAGUACGUCUUGAAGCCGUUCUACACCAAUGUCGUCAUCAAGUGCUUCCCCAUGUCCAUGGCCCCCAACCUCAUCACCUUGACGGGUUUCAUGUUCAUCGUCGCCAACUUCUUUACGCUGCUAUGGUAUAACCCGACGCUCGACCAGGACUGUCCGUCUUGGGUCUACUACUCGUGGGCUGUUGGCCUGUUCUUAUAUCAGACUUUCGAUGCGGUGGAUGGGUCGCAAGCACGACGAACGAGACAAAGCGGUCCCCUCGGCGAGCUAUUCGACCACGGCGUCGACGCCCUGAAUACCUGUCUCGAAUGCAUUAUCUUCGCCGCCUCGCAAAACAUGGGGCAGAGCUGGUACACUGUCGCCACUCUCUUUGCUUCUCUCCAGACCUUCUACGUCCAGACCUGGGAGGAAUACCACACCGGCACUCUCACGCUCGGCAUCGUCAACGGCCCCGUCGAAGGCAUCCUGAUCCUCGUGUUCGUGUACGCGCUGACGGGGUACAUGGGCGGCGCCUCGUUUUGGCAGCAGCCUAUGCUCGAGACCCUGCAUAUCCCAAAGUCCCUCGGCAUCCCCGAGUACUUGUACAACCUGUCCUUCACGCAGUGGUACAUGGUGCAAGGCACCGUCGUCAUGGUCUUCAACACGAUCGAGAGCGCACGCAACGUCAUCCGCGCCCGUCGUGCCCGCGGCGACCGUAGCCGCUGGGCUCUGCUUGGCUUACUGCCCUUCGGCAGUAUCUGGGCCCUCGUCGUUGCAUACUUGUACUUGCAGCCCUUAAUCCGCACCCAGCAUCUGGUCCCCUUCGCCCUGUUCGUCGGCUUGGUGAACGCGUAUAGCGUCGGCCAGGUCAUCACCGCACACCUUGUUAAGCUCCCGUUCCCCUACUGGAACGUGCUAGCGUUACCCCUAGCCUACGGCGUCAUCGACUCCCUCGGCCCCAUCCUCCAGUCCCACUUCGGCUGGGCCUCGGGCUGGCCUAGCGCUCUUGGAAGCGACGUGUACCAGGUCGCUUAUAUGUUCUGUAUGCUGGGCAUCGCGAUUGGUGUGUACGGGUCUUUUGUCGUCGAUGUGAUUGUUACGAUUUGCGAUUACUUGGAUAUCUGGUGUCUUACGAUUAAGCACCCGUAUGUGGAGGUUGAGGAACAUACCAACGGGAAGAAGGUAAACUAGGGCGGGCGAGUGGAAGUAACCAAGCGUAUAUUAUUCUGGGAGGCGGCGUGAGAUGUCCCGACAAUGAAGCACAUCUUUCCGGGAUUAAGAGACUGGCAG